UAUAAAAAGGCUAUAAUCAUGCUUAACUAUAUCCGUCUAACAAUUGAGAACCCUCCAUUCUUCUACCGUCAAAUUUCCAUUCUUCAAUUCCUGUCAAAAACAACAAUAAUGUCCCACCGUGGUCAGAUGCUGCAGGCAAUCGGCGAUGAUGGGAUUUACUACACUUGGUAUAGACGCCCAUAUACCCGUCGAGUAGCAACACAAAGUCAACUCCAACAACAGCAACAGUCUACAAGUCAAGGAUCGCUGAAUAUGGAAAUGCUGGAUCCAAAGAAAAUUCAGCUUUCUGAGUUGGGUGAAAAUAUUUUGGCUUGCUGCUUCCAAUGUAUGUCCAUAAAUGACAGAUUCAAUAUGGAACACGUCUCUCGUCUAUUCCGUGCAGCAUCCAAAAAGAGCUGGGUUCCGCAGAGUCAUGUUGUGGUUGUGCCAGAGGUUGUUGUGAAGGAAGGCAGUUAUUCUAUUGAUGGUCGUCAGCUUUUCCGUCUUCUGAUGAAACGCUGUGCUCGUUAUACUUUGGAGUUAACUAUUCAUGCUAUGGCAUCGAACGAUCGAGUGUUUCGCCUCUUAAAUCUUUCUUACAGAGUCGUGAAUCUUUGCAUUGAUUCUCUAAAUCCUUUGUGUGGCUCUGAAAUUAUGGAAAUUGGGGAUCGUUUGCCUUCGCUAAAAACGUUAAUUAUCAGAAACUGCCGAAUUCACUUCAGUCUUGUUCGUCACUUCAAUUCAAUGUUGGAACAACUUUCACAACUUCAAAUACUUGCAAUUGCUGACAAUAUCAACUUUAGGUGCGAGCUCGAACAAGUGCCUCGGAGUCUUCGAAUUUUUUGUUUGCGUGAUUUUCAAGUGAAUGAGCACGUCGGAGCACUUAUGCGAAAUGUUCGUCAACGAGCACCGGGAAUUACUGUCCUUUCUGUAGAAAGUACAGGGAGGGAUGUUGUCAAUCAAGCACUUGCAUAUGAACAUAUAACAGUUCUUUCUAUUCCUUUUUCUCAUGUUUUUCCAGAAGACGUUGUUCCAGCUGAUAUGUUUCCGGCGAAUUAUUUGAAUCGUUUGACGGCCCUCGACUUGGGUUUGGUCAAUCAAAUUUUCAUCAUUAUGCGUUUUCUCCCCGAAAUGUUUCCUUGUUUGGAACAUUUAAGCUUUUCUUGUGUUGAAGAUCCAAACACACAACUUCACAAACAUUUUAACCAAAUUCUUCCAUUUCCUUCUUUGCGCUCGUUUUGUUUGGGUAUUUAUCAAUCGCCAAAAACUUUUGAACAAGAACAACUCCAAAGAUGUCUAGACAAUUAUCCUUUAAUCUUCCAUGCUGAAUAUAUGGCUUUUGUUCGCAAAUUGUUUGAGCAAAAAAAGUUGGAAGUAAAAAAGAAUUGUCUGAUUAAAGAAAAAUUUUUUCCCCUCUUUUUUCAGCAUCUUCAAUUGAACUUUCCUCUUUCGGUGGAUAUUGCAAUUGAUGUAUUCAAAGAGUGCCCUAAUCUUCGUUCUCUUUAUUUCCACAAUCGUUUUGGAAGUAUUUCAAAAAAUAUUCAACAUGGAGAUUAUUUUAUUGCUGAACAAUUUAUUAAGAAAUUCAAAAAACAUAUUAGAAAAGAGAACAUUCCUCGACCAAAUAAAGAAUCCAAAAAAGUUAGAAUGCUUCGAAGUUUGUUUUCUGACACGGAAUUUGAAAAUGGAAAUGACUGGAUUUUAUGUCAAGAGUAUCCACAGUCAAGUCAUGUAUUGGUUGAAUUAUUCGUUAGGGAACUUGGAGAGGGAAAUAAUACUUGUCCUCCUACACAGCUCUUCAAUAUUGUGAGAGGCUAAAAAUGGAUGAAUAUAAUAUGCUAAUGGUAGUGAAUAGGAGAAAUAAAAAAUAUAUAUUUGUAGGGAUGAUAUAUAAAUAUAAAAAGGAUAUAUUUAGUUAUUGUAUAGAUAAAAUGUGUAUUUGUAUAUUACUUGCUAUGAUAUUGUGUUUGUAAAUUGUAAAUAAAGCUCUAAAUAAAUUUAAAAAAUUGAAUUCGAUUUUGCACCGUUUCUCUCGCAAUUUUUUAUUUUUUUUUAAAUUCUUUUCAUAGAAAGUUGGGGAUUUUGGGUUCAGAAAACUUAUUAGGAUCGAGG